AUGCCUCUUGUAGUCCAAAACCCAAUGCCCCGAGUGAUCCUCGGUUUGAUGACCUUCGGACCUGAUCCCGAAAGCAGUGCCCGGAUCACUUCCCUAGAUGAAACCAAAAAAUGUCUCGACUAUUUCCAGCAGCAGGGCUACAAUGAAAUUGAUACCGCGCGCAUCUACGUUGGCGGAAAGCAGGAAGCCUUCACGGCUCAAGCAGGGUGGAAGGAAAGAGGUCUCACGAUCGCCACGAAAUGGUAUCCUAGCAAACCAGGUUACCAUCAUGCCAAUGUAGUGAGGGAGAAACUCAAUGAGUCCCUGAGGGACCUGCAGACAGACUCUGUGGAUAUAUUCUAUCUGCAUGCAGCCGACAGAUCUGUGCCCUUCGCAGAGACACUGAGGGCUGUAAAUGAGUUGCAUAAGGAAGGAAAGUUUAUUCAGCUGGGUUUGAGCAAUUAUACCGCUUUCGAAGUUGCAGAGAUUGUUACCAUGUGUCUUGAGCGGGGCUGGGUGAGGCCGACGAUUUAUCAGGCCAUGUAUAAUGCUAUCACGCGGUCCAUUGAAACCGAAUUAAUACCCGCCUGUAGAAGGUACGGUAUCGAUGUUGUGGUCUACAAUCCUCUGGCCGGUGGUAUCUUCUCCGGGAAAUAUAAAACGGCAGACAUCCCUGCGUCCGGCCGAUUCUCCGACCAAGCCAGCCUUGGAUCAAACUAUCGCAACAGGUACUUCAAAGACGCCACAUUCGACGCUCUGCGCAUUAUUGAACCUGUCGUGAAGAAACAUCACCUGACCCUAAUUGAAACCGCGUUCCGUUGGUUGCGACAUCACUCUGCACUAAAUAUGGGGACAAGCUUAACCGAGCGUGAUGGAAUUAUCAUUGGUGUUAGCAGCUUCGGGCAGUUAGAGGAGAAUCUAGCGGAUAUUGAGAAGGGUCCGUUGCCAGAGGAGGUUGUGAAGGCGCUGGAUGAGGCGUGGUUGGUUACAAAGCCCACAACUGUCAAUUAUUGGCAUUUGGAUUUGAAGUAUACGUAUGAUACCGUAAAGGAGUUAUUUGGGUCCAGCGAUUAG